UGUUAUGGCCAAGCUACCGCGGUCGGUAUUCACGUGCAACUGUUGCAUUUUCUCUCUGCCUCUGGCGCUCUCUUUCUUCUUCUCUGCCUCUCACUGACUCUAUUCUGACUGGAAUUUCUGAGUAAAGAGUUCUCUCGCUAGCUUGAAGGGUAGCAAGGCUCGUUUGCGUGGAAUCUGAAAAUGAGCAGUUCGGCGGGUCAGCCAGGCUCAGAGUCUAACAACUCUGACCAUACUGCCGAGGUUAAUCCGUUCGAGUAUGAAUUGGACCUGUCCUGGCCACAAAUAGUGAAGAUUGGCAUAGGGGCUGUGAUACUACUUCCCAUCCGUCUCUUUCUCACUAUUUUCGUGCUGGCAGCUGGUCUCCUUAUGUGCCACACGGUAUCGCUGGGGCUGGAGACGAAUGCAGACGGCCAUUACGAUGAGCCCAUCACAGGCUGGAGACGGGCUGUGUAUAACGUAUUGGUACCGUUUCUAGCCAGGCUGUGGCUUUAUGUGCUGGGUUUCUGGUACAUUCCAUUCAAAGGCAAAUUGGCGAAGAGCGACGAAGCGCCAAUCUUCGUCAUGGCGCCACACUCGAGUUUCAUGGACGGUCUAGUGCCUCUGAUCUUCCCAAAUUGCUACAGUGCAGUCACCAGAUUUGAGAACAGAACAGUACCAAUGCUUGGACCUCUCAUAGAUGUAGUCGCACCCAUCUAUAUUCGCCGUGAACGGAAGGAAUCACGUCAGCUAGCCCAGCAGGAAAUUGUUAGGAGAACUAAGCAGGGAGGCUGGCCACCGAUUAUGAUCUUUGUUGAAGGGACAUGUACCAACCGGAGAGCCAUGCUACCCUUCAAGGCCGGUGCCUUCAGUCCUGGUGCUCCCGUGCAGCCUAUGAUCUUGCGUUAUGAAGGAAGCCCUCAUUGCAUCUGGACUACUACUCACCCGCUUUUCCUUAUCUUCAUUUUGUACUGCACACCUAUGAACAAUGCAUCCGUUGAAUUCAUGGAACCAGUCAUACCUACUGAAGAGGAAAAGAAAGACGCCCCACUCUAUGCAGAAAAUGUUCGACGAAAGAUGGCAAAGUACUUGGGUAUACCGCUAUCAUCGUACCGUCACCGUGACUUCUUGCGCAUGCAGCAGCUCGCAACAGAAAAGAAAUCAACAUGAAAUCCCACCCCGAGGACCCGCACUGCUCUUGCAACUUCUCCCUCUAAAGACACACUGCGUUGUGCACGUGCUUUUCUUCAUUCGCACGGACCACAGCAGCUUGCCCUUAGCUGCAGUUUAGUAUGUUUGUACUCAAUCGUAGAUGUACUUGUAAGAGCUGAAUGGCAUCACUGGCGGACAUAGUCAGUAGCGCCGUGCAUUGCAUCACUGACGGACAUAGUCAGUAGCCGUGCAUUGCAUCACUGCCAACAUACAACAUGUAUAGCAUGUAUAGCCUAGCACUGUGGCACUGCCGACACAUUAUAUUGCUUUGCACUUCAUGCAAACAAGUGCAUGCCAAAGAUUCAACAUGGCAUAUUGUUCAUUGCUUUUUUUUUAAUUUCAUAAAUUUAUGAGCCAAGAUGUUGCGACUGCGCGCGCUAGCUUGGCACCAGCUCCAAUGUUCGGAACGGCCACUUUCUUUUCCUCAAUGAAUAGUUUUUUACACACAUGUACAACCAUGAUAACACAUAUUACCUAGGAAACUGUUUUUUUUCUUCCAUUGUAGUAGUAGAUUGCAGAUGUAACCUUUAAAGAAAUACACGAGCUCCGAAUUUCAUUGGCUUCUGUGUGUCCUCUUCCGUGCAAACACUGCUAUUUUGUUAUUUUUUUUAGAAUACAAUCAUAAUGCUGCUUUGCUUUUCAUUCUUUUUAUUCCUUUUACUUCUUCAGUUUAUGCAAGCUUUCUGUGCUCAUAUUUUAGAACAACGCCACUCUGUGGUACUGCGCAUUCUUCACAUGUUUGACCUGCUGCAAAGUCUCUCUCUUUCUAUCUCUC